AUGUUCUCUCAUCGAUUAGCGGAGCACGGUUUUGAUGUAUUCCAGAUGCUCGCUGUUGACCUGCUCCACAAAUUUGAGCUGGGAGUCUGGAAGGCAACAUUCACACAUUUGAUACGGAUCUUGGUUUCUUUCAAGGCUGAUCUGGUGUUGGAUAACCGUUAUCAUCAGACACCUACUUUCGGAGGCUUCGUGAUCUGUCGUUUCCACAACAAUGUCUCGGAAAUGAAGAAACUGGCUGCUCACGACUUCAAAGAUAUCUUACAGUGUGCUAUUCCAUGCUUUGAAGGCAUGUUUACCUCACAUACAGGCCUCAACCAGAUCGUGAGUGACCUAUUAUUCGAUCUCUCACACUGGCAUGCUCUAGCCAAACUGAGGAUCCCUGACGACUCAACUAUACUAUCCCUUGAGGAGGUCACGAAGAGUUUGGGCUCCAGUUUAAGGAGAUUUGCAACCCAAGUGAAGGACAUUCCAAUGAAGGAGCUGUCAAGCGAGGUGGACCACCGUGGUCAUCGAGCAGCAAAAAAAGCAGCCAAGGCCAGCACAGAAAAGUCUGGUAAAGGGGGAAAGCAGGAUACUGAAGCUAUGGCAGUGGCAAGGGUUGCUGAGAAAGCUGUGAAGGCGACAGGUACCAAACUUCACGAAUUCAACCUGUCGACUGCAAAGGAAUGUGGAACAACCGAUAGCUAUUCUACACUCAAUGUCAAAGUCGAAUACAGACUCUCAAAGAAGCGAUAUGGCCAAAUGAAUAGAAACAACUUUGAAGCCCAAGUGGCUCGUGCAGACAAACGAGUGUGUGCAAUGUGCAAGGUCAGCCAGCAAAUCAAGUCAGUGUAUGGAGCUCCCAAACGCCUAGCCUGUAAAAUUCUUGGCCUACCUGAAUGA